AUGAAAAAGACACUGCUACUAGUGUUUAUACAUGGAUUCAAGGGCGGGGAUGAUACGUUCGGCAACUUCCCCCAGCAUCUCAAGGCGCUUCUCAGCCAGAAGCUCACUGCCAUUGAUGUGAGAAUGCUCGUUUACCCCAAGUACGAGACCCGAGGAAGUCUACAAGAAACAGUGCUUGCUUUCCGAGAAUGGCUGCAAAAUCAGGUCAUUGAUAUCGAAGUUUCCAACCGAACGGCUUCGCCCACCGUUGACCCUUCCGUGCAUGUCUUCCUUGUUGGCCACUCGAUGGGUGGAAUAGUUGCUGCCGAUACACUUCUGCUGUUAGCAUCCGAACAGCCAAUACCGGUCAGGUCUUCGCCGCAACAACCUCCUGACCAGUCCGAUGAAGCGAUGGACGAAGGAGCGGCAGCCUCAAGCAGCGCAGAUAUUGGAGGACCGGGCUCGUUCAUGUUUCCUCAUAUCCAAGGAGUGUUCGCCUUUGAUACUCCAUACUUCGGAAUUGCUCCCGGCGUGGUGUCGUACGGUGCAGAGGGGCACUACAAGAACAUUACAACCACGUACAAUGCUUUCUCUGAGGUAGCUGGACUCUUUGGAUUUGGAGCGAGCAACACAUCUUCAAACAAGCAGGCGCCGGCGCCACCGACAGCUGACAAGAAACCGCUGCCUCCAGUUUCUGAUGGUGAUGCUGCAGCGACACCGUCCUGGCAACGCUGGGGCCGGUAUGCCAUGUUUGCAGGCGCUGCAGGGGCAGUUGCUGCUGGAGGCGCGGCUGCCAUGUAUUCACAACGUCACCGGUUGACUGACAGCUGGGGUUGGGUUUCAUCACAUCUCGCAUUUGUGGGCUGUUUAGCACGUCCGACGGAACUUCGACAACGACAGUCACAGAUUGCGCAGGUACGCAAGGAUCGAGGAAUCAAAUGUGUGAACUUCUUCACCUGCCUUGGGAAGAGUGCCUCGUCCCUGGUGGAGAACAAAAGCACCGUUGAUGAAACAACAGGCAGUAGUAACGCCCCGUUCAGCUCCAAGAUAAUCCGAUCGAAACAUCGUACUUUCUGUUGUCUUCCUGAGAAAGAGGAGGGCCAAGAAAAGCCAAUCCAUUCGGGACCGGGAGUCGAGUGGAUCAAAGCCGUGAAUGAUAGAGCCACCGACGAGAUCCAGGCCCAUACGUGCAUGUUUCUACCGAAGCAGAACCCGGCUUUUAAUGAGCUGAUUAAUAAUGCAUACACGGCGAUGGUGAGAUCCGUUGAUAGGGGAUGGUACAGUACUGCUCAAACGCAAGCAGUUGACGAUGACACGGACGAGCCGCGGCCCGAGAAGGACCGAGCCCAUCAUCAAGCCGAAAGCGGGACCUUUGAUGACGGGGAUGAGGACAUUGUGGUUGUUGACUGA